AUGUCCGAGGUUCAAAUUGAUCAGUCGGUGUUCCGCAAGAGACUCCAUCUCUUGCAAAGGAACAUUACCAAUGCACCUCAAUUUGGUUCCGUUGCUGGUCUAUUGAUCGCUGUUGGAUCUAGUGACGAUACGAAUCCAUACCAAAAGUCUACCGUUUUACACACCUGGCUUUUGGGAUAUGAGUUCCCCGCCACCUUAAUCUUUAUCACUGGAAAGAAAGUGACGGUUAUGACCUCCGUUGGCAAAUCGAAGUAUUUGGAGCCCUUAAAGAGUUCCAGUGUCAAUCUCAAUAUUCUUGCUCGUACGAAGGACCCCGAGCACAACAAAAGCCUGUUCGAGCAAUUUGUGCAAGAGAUGAAACAAAGCGGCAAGAGGGUUGGUGUGUUGACUAAAGACAAGUACGGUGGUAAAUUCAUGGACGAAUGGAAUGCAAUUUGGGAGGAAGAGAAAAACAAUUUCGAGCUCGUUGAUUGCGCAGUUGGAGUUUCCUCUACACUUGAAUCCAAGGAUGAGGAUGAACAAAGAUGUCUGAGAACUGCCUCCAGGGCCUCAACAAAUAUGAUGAGUUAUUUUUCCGAUGAGAUGAGCAAGAUCAUUGAUGAGGAGCUGGAUGUUUCCAAUUCCAAGCUGGUGGACCGAAUCGAGAACAAGAUCGAUGAUGCUAGAUUUUUCAAAAAUAUGGAGACCGACAAAUCGAUGAAGAAGCUCGGCUCUGAUUUUGAUCUGAACAAUCUGGAUUGGUGCUACAAGCCUAUUGUUCAAAGCAACGGAAAGUAUGAGCUGAAGUUCUCGGUUGAGUCGACGGACGAUAAGCUUGGAGGCUCUGUGAUCAUGGCAUCGCUUGGUCUAAGGUACAGAAGCUAUUGCUCCAACGUCACGCGUACUUUUCUGAUCGGUCCAUCCAAAGAGAUGGAGCAAAAUUACGACUUUUUGCUCAAAGUGCAAACCAAGGCACUUUCGCUUAUGAAACAUGGAGCAAUUGCAAAGGAUAUCUACAGUAAAACUCUUGCUUUCAUUGAGACCGAAAGACCAGAUCUUGCGGAGAAUUUUAUGAAAAAUAUGGGUUCUUUGAUGGGUAUCGAUUUCAGAGACUCUACUGGUAUCCUUAAUGCCAAGAAUGAAAGAUCGUUGAGCGAAAGUUCUGUUUACAACUUAGUUGUUGGGUUCAGCGGUCUAUCAGAUCCAAAACUUGGAAGUUACGCGCUGAUGUUGGCAGACACCGUGAAAGUCACGGACGAAGAUCCUAUCGUUCUAACUGAUUUUCCCAAGCUUAGGAAGGAGGUUGCAUUUUAUUUUGAUGAUGAAAAUACCCAAGUAAAGAAAGAACUGGAUGAUGUUAGGGUGAAAUCUGAAAAGCCCGAAAAGCCUGAUUUGAAGAUCAAUAACAACGGUGUUAACACUCGUGUGCUCAAGGCGAAAAUGAGGUCCGAACAAAAGAACUCCGACGAGGAUCAAAUGCAAAUACAACAGGAAAUUCAAAAGGAGCUUCAUGCAAAAAGGCAAAGAGAGGGUUUGGAUAGAUUCAAUCCAGAAGACGCACAGGAUGGGUCUGACAAAAAGGUGAUUUUCAAGAAGUACGAGUCUUAUGUCCGCGAGUCGCAGAUUCCAAGCAAUGUUAGAGAUCUCAAAAUCCAUAUUGACUCUAAGAAUCAAACAAUCAUACUUCCGAUUUGUGGAAGACCGGUGCCUUUCCACAUCAACGCUUUCAAAAAUGGUCUGAAAACUGAGGAAGGAGAAUACACACACCUGAAACUCAAUUUUAACUCCCCAGGUGUCGCAGUCACAAAAAAGGAGGAGCUUCCUUAUGAACCAGGUGAGGAUAAGCAAUUCAUCAGGAGCUUGACUUUCCGCUCAAAGGAUAACGAGAGAAUGAGCGAAGUGUUGAAAAAGAUUACCGAAAUGAAGAAGGAGGCGGUCAAGAGAGAGGCGGAGAAGAGAGAGCAGGCGGAUGUCGUGACUCAAGCUUCCCUUAUCGAGGUCAAUCGUCCAAAGAGGCUGGAUAACGUUUUUGUCAGACCUACUCCAGACACUAAGAGAUUGCCUGGAAACAUCACUAUCCACCAAAAUGGUAUCAGGUACCAAUCUCUUGGCAGAAGCGAUCAGAGAGUGGAUAUUCUUUUCUCCAACAUCAAACAUCUAUUUUUCCAAUCCUGUAAGGGAGAAUUGUUGGUCAUUAUCCACUGUCAUCUGAAAAUACCAAUCAUGAUUGGAAAGAAGAAGACGUACGAUGUUCAGUUCUACAGGGAAGCUUCUGACAUUACUGUUGACGAGACAGGCAAUAGAAAGAGAAAAUACCGUUAUGGAGACGAAGACGAAUUGGAACAGGAGCAGGAAGAAAGAAGAAGGAAGGCUGCUCUGGACAGGGAAUUCAAAGGGUUUGCCGAACAAAUUGCAGAUGCAUCCAAUGGUUUGGUUGAUCUCGAUAUUCCGUUUAGAGAGCUCGGAUUCCAGGGUGUGCCUUCUAGAUCUGCUGUGAUGUGUCUUCCAACAAGAGAUUGUUUGGUGCAAUUGAUCGAUCUACCGUUUUUGGUCAUUACUUUAGAGGAGAUCGAAAUUGCACACUUGGAGAGAGUUCAAUUCGGGCUAAAGAACUUCGACCUAGUGUUCGUUUUCAAAGACUUUAGCAAACCCGUUGUUCAUAUUUCAACCAUUCCAAUGGAGUUGCUAGAAGACGUCAAGGCCUGGCUCACUGACGUGGAUAUUCCGUACAGCGAAGGUACCGUUAAUUUGAACUGGACCACGAUCAUGAAAACUAUCCAGGCUGACCCCUACCAAUUCUUCGUGGACGGAGGAUGGUCGUUCUUGACGGGAAGUGGUGAUUCCGACAAUGAUAGCGAGGAAGAGGAACAAGAGUCUGACUUCAAUCCUUCCGAUGAAAAUCCUGAAGACGAAGAUGUCGAUUCGGAGGAGGACUACAGUGCAGAAGAGGAAGGUGAUAAUGAGAGCGAUUUCGAUGAUGAUGAUGAUGAAAGUAUUGCCGAAAGCGAGAACAUUUCAGAAGAGGAGUUUAGCGAUUAA